AUGCUUUGUGAGAUUGAGAAAGUGUGGAAAAAGUUAGGUUAUUUAAGUGUAACAGAUGCGAUGUCAGGAUUUGUUUCGUUAUUAGAUAGCGUAUGUCCGCCGUUUCGAGAUUUCAUCAAUGAUUAUGUGCAAUCACAAAAAAAGAACUCAGAAAGGGUGAUCGAUAUAGAAUCUGAAAAAAACAAAGGGCUCUUCAUAUUAACAAAUUUGAAACAAGUUUUUUCAAAUGUUGCUGGUUUCGUCAGUCCAGUAAUAUUUGUCCAAAUUUAUCGUCAGAUCGAAUGUGCUGAUAAACAUUUUGAUGCACAGCAACAGUCAAGGGGACCAUCAGUUUAUGAUAUUGAGAGAUAUGAUGCGCAAAGAAGGCAAAUCCAGGAGGCUCUGAAUCAGCAAACACAUCAUCAAUUUCGAGCAUACGCGCAACAACAAUUCGUUGGUGAUCUUGUACAGGUAAAUUUCGUGUAA